AUGAGUUUCAUGAUUACGGCGUGCGUGCCAGCCACAGCGCCUCGGAACGCGCCGAGAUCGCGCAAGCCGAUCUUCAUCGAGCCGGACGAUGGAGUUUACGAGGAAUGCGUGCCUGGAGCCCAACUCCGACGUGACGAGCACGCUGAUUACAAUGCGACAGGUUGCCACAUCGGAUAUAUUUUCAAGAAGACUCUGCAGUCCUGCAUCCGGCCUCAAGGCGAGAACGACAAGAAGCUCGGCGGCGAGUACAAAAGCUAUGAAAGACCCGAAGAGACCGAAUCCAUGAUCCUGGACAAUGCCCUUUUCGAGCCGAAGCAGCCCCCCGAUUCCCUCGGCUCGGGCUCGGAUACUUCGAAGAUUUCGACUGAGCUCUCGCUCAGCAGUGAAUCCACGACCACAGGACCGAUGGCGAAGUUCGCACGAACCUCUUCCACUCGCAACACCGCCUCGAACUCUUCGGGUUCGGUUAAGAGCAAAAGUCCAUCACAUUACGGAAUGAGGCCGUCAGGCAGUCCCGAGCUGGACGCGAUUGUCAAUUCAAUCGGGAGCUCUCCCGGGGGCUCGCCGAACUCUCACAAUUAUUUCUCUGUGAACUCGGACGAUUACGAAAGCUCAACGCCGCUUCGGUCCAAGAGCAAUCCGGCGACGAACAGACGUCAGAUGGUGCCGAACAAGAAGCCAGAAAAAUCUGUUUCCCUUCCGCCGAGCGGGAAACUGUGGGGCAAGCCGAUCAAUGGGGACUGGAAAUCCUCUUUGAAGGAUCCUUUCCGGAGCAAAAAGAAAUUCGUGGCGCCCGCCUUGGAGAAAGUCUAUGAGCUUCCUGAGAAGGAAGCUCUGUAUGACAUUUCGCGAGAUCCCGUUCUAAACGACCUUGCCCGGGUGGCUCGAGAAGUGAAACAACAGGCCGCAAAGGACAAGAUCAGCCCCGAGGAAACGUAUCCCUCGACCGCGUUCGCUUCGCAAGCCUCGAUACGGAGCAAGUGCAGCGAUGUCAGUAGACGUUUGAACAGCUUCUCGGUCGCGGCGCGAUUGUCGCCAAUCAACAGAUGUGCCUCGAGGAACUACGAGAGUCACUGCAUGGACAACGCCAUGGCGAGCCUCUCUCUAUCCGACAGUUCUGCGGGCUCCCGAAAACAGCUGCUGUCCUCGCUGAGCUCGGAGGGCCAAUACAAGGCCGGUGAAAUCGAUAUUCGCGACGACGGAAUAAUCUACUCGAUAGAGAAAGUUCGCAAAAAAGGAAAACGCCCCGUCGAGAUGAACCCGGUGCCGCUCUGCGUGCCCGGCAUGCAGGGCUUCGUCCCGCCGUAUUGCAGGGUGAGCGCGGUCAGAGCGAGGCGAGCGCUGCUCAAACGCCACAACUCGAAAGCGUCUCGGGGCUCGAAAACUUUCUCCGACACGACCUGGGCCAGUUCGGAAGCGCGCCGCAAGCGGAGACUCAAGCCCGCGUGCAAGGGUCAGGACCACUAUUGUCGGGAUGUGAAAGUCACUCCGUGUGUUUCGACGCUCCGCAAGAAGAAAAAUGAAUUCGAACGGGCUCGGAAACGGGCGAACGUUGGCGCGAACAAGGGAGCCCGAAAGAAAGCAUACGUGUUCAAUUGGCUCCUGGUGAACCAGGGGGUGAUUGGGAAUCCCGCCGACAAAGAGCGCACCCGUAGACUGGCGAAGGAACGCAGCACAUUGCUGUGGCUGCUUAGCAAAGCGUACAAGGGGCAAGUGCCGACGGACCUGCGGAGCCCCCAUUAUAAAGAGUCAGGGAACCAGUACCGUCUAAAACCAGACAUCGUGGAUUUAUUGUCAUCAUGCAAAAUCUAUUGCAUGGUUCUUCGUGAAAUAUACGAUGACCCAUCGUACUUCGAGCUGUCAUUUGGUCAGAUCCUCAUCAUGUUGGCUCGGAAAGGCAUCGAGGUACAGAACUUGAAGGAAGGACUCAAGAUCACGCCGAGGAUCUUAGAGGAAUGCAGCCCUCUGAACAUGUCGGCUCACUUGAAUUUUGCUGACGCUCUCAUGGAGCUCUUCAUCCGAGAGAUCCUGAUUCCAUCGAAAGUCCAGCAAGUUGUCCAGCGCUUCGCGAAUCCUCACCCGAAAUCAGGAUCCGCCCCGUCAACGAUAGGAGACUCGACGCUUCAGAUGGACUCCGGGGAUGCAGCGCUUCUAUGGAUCAAUCGAAGUGCUCAGUCAUUGAGAGAGAAAGUUCACACGGAAAGCAGAGAGAUCCUGCCAAAGAUUGUUCAUAUCCAGGAUCUGACGGACCUCUCGGACGGUAGCGCUUUGGCUUGCCUCAUUUCCCUUUACUGCCCAGAACAUCUGAGUUAUUACGACAUUAACUUCUCGCCUUCGAUGUCUCUGGCUGACUCUCUCACCAACCAUCAUCUUAUCAAGGAAUUCUGUGAGAGGCAUUUGCCACAGGACGUUCACUUCAUUACGAUUGAGGACUUGCUGUUCCCACACGCGGCGAUCCGAACAAAUAUUCUUGUCUUCAUAGCAGAUUUGAUGUAUCUGUUCGAAAUCAAGCCGUGCAAAGUCGUCCAGGUCCCCGGCAUCGCACAGUAUGUCGUAAAACGCGAGUCAAAUGAGGAGAUUCCGAUUACCGCGCUGUAG